CGGGGAGGAGAAGGAGGGGAGGCUGUCGGGGUUUAAAAGCCCGUCGCUGCCCGCGGGGCUGUCCCGGGUCCGAGGGGGCGAGGCUGCCCCGCGGGUGACCCGCCCGCCGGGCGCGCCCCCUGCGCAUCACAGGAGGGGGCAGCACGGCCGCUCGCUCGGCUUUCCUCCCUCCUCUCUGCGCCUCGCGUGCAGCCCGGGCUCUGUGGAGUCAAAGCUCGGAUCGAGUUCCCUGCCUCCAGUAUAAAAAUCACGGCGACAAAUCUCCUGCUGGAGAGAGAGAGAGAGAGACUUGAGGAGCGGGGCGAGCCCGUCCGUGGGGAAGCGAAGGGACGCGGUAGCAGCAGCCGCCGCUGCUCACCCGCCGCUCGCCCCUCUCAGCUGCGGGAGAAGAAGCCUUUCGCCGCCCCAAGUGACAUCUUGUAACCUGGAGUAACUCUCCAAGAACUUGGCUGUCAAAGUCAUCAAAGCAAAAGGAGAGGGAGGCAAGAGAAAGAGAGAGAUCAGAGCAGAAGAAAACCGAGAGUUUGGAGUUGCUGUCAGGAUUACAUCUGGUGACUUAAUAUAGAGAAUGCAACAGCAACAACAGCAGCGUCGAAUGUUCACAGCUGCCCUUCUGGCACUUGUUUUCAUUCUGGCAGCUGUAAGUACCACUGAGGCUGGCAAAAAAGAGAAACCAGAGAAAAAGGCAAAGAAGUCUGACUGCGGGGAAUGGCAAUGGAGUGUCUGUGUGCCCACCAGUGGUGACUGUGGCCUGGGAACCCGUGAGGGCACUCGCACUGGAGCUGAAUGCAAACAAACCACCAAGACUCAGAAGUGUAAGAUUCCUUGCAACUGGAAGAAGCAAUUUGGAGCGGAGUGCAAAUACCAGUUCCAGGCCUGGGGAGAAUGUGACUUGAACACUGCCUUGAAGACUCGAACCGGGAACCUAAAGAGAGCCCUUCAUAAUGCUGACUGCCAGAAGACUGUCACAAUCUCAAAGCCCUGUGGGAAGCUUACCAAACCCAAACCUCAAGAAUCCAAGAAGAAGAAAAAGGAAGGCAAGAAACAAGAGAAGAUGCUGGAUUAAUGGAGCCAACUUGGGCAAUAUGAGAAAGGGACAUCAGCAAACACGAUCAGUUAACAAUUUCAUUUAUACCUAGGCAUUUUAUCCUAAAAUUAUUUAUAGCUUAAUGGUACCAUAGAAGGAAACAAGGAAACACAGAAAAAAAAAUCCUUUUUUUUAAUUACUUUAGUAUUUUUAAUGUAUAACCCUAACAACAAUUUUUAGAAGCGUGUAAUAAAGGACUCCGAACUCAUUUAGAAAAUUAUGUCUAUUGUAUAUUGAACAAUGUAGAAGUUUUUAAAAUAUUUUUUUCUCAAGUCCUGCCAUAGGUCUUGAUCUGGUAAUUACUCCAUGCAAGCAGAAUCUGAACCUGUGUGGAGCUCCACUGAAGCCAGUGGUGAAUGUAGGAGUCUGGUUGGAUGAAAUUACAUUUAUGAUUGGGACCUUAACUCUGAAAAAAACCAGACUUGUUUCUUAAGUUUUUAUGACAUCUAGAUAACGAUAUGAAAUUAUUUGUUAAGGAAAGGAUGGGGGCAUUUUGUUGAGUAUUUACAAGCAUUCACCACAUAGGAUGUGGUGCAUGUUCACUCCAAAAUGCUGCCAUCUCCAGGUAAAAUGGUGUAAACUGCCAACAUUCUAAUGUGCGCUCCUAUCCUAGGUCAUAUUGGAUGUUGGCAGUAAAAUUUCUGAAAUCUUUCAACAGCUGGACAUAGAAGAGUCCUAAUUUUUCACAGUUUUCUAGCAAUGAUUUUUCCAAGUGUAAUAAUAGCAAAGUGUUCCAUUUUUUAGCAUGUCAACACUGGUGGAUGGUAUUGUCCUCUGAUUUACCUGUAAAUGCUGAAAAAUGCUUCCUUUUAUUUGUUUAUUUUGCCAGAAGGGAGAAUAUCCUUUUCACAAAAAUCUAGCUGAAAUUGUUGGGAUUCUGAGUGACACAACUCCCUUUGGUAUCAGUGGGAACCUUCCUGAUGAUUUUAAGAGUAGCUGGUUGAAAAAUAAUGUGUCUAGUGGGAAGAAGAAAUCUGUUUGGAAAAUGCCUGAGACAGUUCAUAUUUUUGACCAAAACAGGGACAAUUUAUGGGAUGUGAAACCAGUAUUAAUGAAAUUAAUUUUUGUUUCUUUGUUAGUAGGGCAGGAGGGAUAUGAAAAGCAAGUCCCUUUUGCUUUCUCCCAGUUUUAUAUGAGCAAAAAGACAUUGGAAAAGUUCAGUCACCAUGAAA